AUGCUAGCCGUCAUAUAUUUUUUAUUUAUCACGGUCGCCGUGUCGGUUCUCGUCGGCCUAUGGCAGAAGAGCACGAACGCAUUAUGCAAAUCCAAGAGGAAUCUGCAAGGGAGAACGGUAAUUGUCACUGGGGGGACGUCCGGUAUGGGCUUGCGCAUAGCUACAGACUUCGCGAGUAGAGGCGCGAAGGUCAUAGUCGCAUGCCCCUUCAUAGAAGAAGGCACCCAAGGCAGGAAGCACAUCAUCGAACGGACGGAGAACGAGAAAGUGAUCUUCAAACUCUUGGAUCUGUCGUCGCUGGCGUCUAUUCGAAAAUUCGCUAACGAAAUUCUCGAGAGCGAGGAUCGUUUGGACAUUCUAGUGAACAAUGCCGGUAUCGGCAUAGGAUUCGACUUCUUGACGAAGGACGGUAUGCACUGCUUGAUGCAAGUGAAUUAUUUCGGCACGUUCCUGCUGACGCUGCUUCUGUUACCGCUCCUACUGAAGACGGGGAAGCCCGGUGAACCAGCGCGUAUAGUGAACACAUCGUCGAUUCUGCACAUCGUUGGCGUGGUGAAUUUCAACCGUUUGAACGCAAUUAAUUACUGGUAUGGAAUACAAUGUUACGGCAACAGUAAGCUGUGCCUCGUGUUAUUCGCUCGCGAGUUAACCAAACGGCUUAACAAUAAAUCUGUGGUGAUUAACAGUGUCGAUCCUGGAGCUGUAGGAACGACGAUAUUCAAUUGCGUCGGGUGGUUCUUCGGCAGCAUCAUCACGUUCUUCUUUAAGAACCUCUUCAAAACACCCUGGGAGGGCGCGCAGACGGCGAUCCAUGUGGCAUUAGAUAAAAGGGCCGGUGAGGUCAGCGGGGAGUUCUUCAAGAACUGCAGACAGACCAGGGCGAAACAGGCAGCCUAUGAUGACAAAACUGCUGGAAAACUCUGGGAGGAAUCAGUGCGAUUGGUGAAAAUGGAUACAGAUGAAGUUGAACAAUUGGAAUUAAGAGGGGGGGGGGGGGCAGGCAGGCAGGGGGUUAGAGGCUUAUACGCAGCUGAGAUAAAAGUACCGGCGAAAGUCGCUCAGUCCCUGCUUCUCUUCUGUCAAGGCCAAGGUCAGCUGACAUCGCUACCCCCACCGGGAGUCGAACGGCGGAUGUCCCGAGCUAUGUCUAUGGAGGAGUAUGACAAACCAAAUAUAAGGCGUCUCUCAUUAACACCUAAUGUAUCAGAAUCGCCACCACAGAGGAAGCUGUAG